AUGUGGCCUCUCACUCUUCCCUUAGCCAUCGGCCUGGCCGCACUCGCGCAAGCAUCAGUAUUUGCUGCUGAUGCUGAACCAAUUCCGGGAAACUACAGUGGCCAACUGCGCCCCCAGAUCCAUUUUUCCCCUCCCAAAGAGUUUAUGAACGACCCGAACGGGAUGUUCCUUGACGCGGAGGGUACCUACCAUCUAUACUACCAGUACAAUCCCACGAACCUCGUCGGAGGAAACCAGACGUGGGGGCAUGCAACUUCGAAAGACCUCUUCCACUGGAUAAACCAGCCAAUCGCGAUUCACCCGCCAAAUAACAACUCUCAGGUAUACUCCGGAUCUGCGGUGAUCGACGUCAACAACACCUCUGGGUUCUUCCCGAACCAGACCAACGGCGUCGUGGCGAUCUAUACGUUGAACAGCCCGAACCUGGAAGUACAAGAGAUCGCUUACUCGCUUGACGGCGGGUACACCUUUGAGCGGUACGAAGGGAACCCGGUUCUAGACGUGCACUCUUCCCAGUUUCGCGACCCGAAAGUGCUCUGGCACGCGGAGACGGGGAAAUGGGUUAUGGUCGUCGCAUAUGCUACAGAUCUCGUGAUCGGGAUAUAUACUUCUCCUAACCUUAAGGACUGGACACACGCCUCCAACUUCUCGCGCGCGAAUGCGCUCGGCUCGCAAUACGAAUGUCCCAAUCUCGUCGCCCUGCCGCUAAUCAACGUGGAUGGCAGUUCAUCUACAGCGUACAUCCUCCAGAUAUCCAUCAACCCCGGUGCGCCGCUCGGCGGGUCGAUCACGACGUACUUCCCUGGAUCGUUCAACGGGACCCACUUCACCCCCUCUGACUCCGAGAUUCGGUUCACUGAUUUUGCGAAGGACAACUACGCAGGCCAAUUUUUUUACGGGUUGCCCGCUGACGAGAAGCAGCUCAGCAUCAUCUGGGCGAAUAACUGGCAGUACGCGGAGAGCGUCCCGACCGACGAGGAGGGAUGGCGGAGCGCGAUGAGUCUUGCGAAGGCAAACUCACUGAGAGAUACCGGUGAUGCGGGGUAUCAGCUUGUGCAGGAGCUUGUCGACCUGAGACCUGUCUACAACUCAACACUUGCUAACGUCUCGACUUCCGAUAAUCUCAGCACAUCGGUUGACUAUUCGAGCGUCACCUCAGGCGCUGUAUAUCUCGACGUCAAUAUCACGAAUAUCGUGACACCCGCAGGGUCCCUGAACCUUACCUUCACUUCAACCAGUGGAGGAUCGCUAUCCGCAGGGUACCUGCUCUCCUCAGGUGAAUUCUGGAUCAACCGGGGAAACAUUCACGAGUUCGCCAAUUUCAGCAAUGAUGGUUUUACCGAGACGUUCAACACAACGUAUUGCGUGGAAGGCAGCGUGUGGCGGUUACAGGCCGUGGUAGACCGUACGUUGCUGGAGGUCUUCAUUGACAGGGGGAAGAGCACUGCCACAAUGGUGUUCUAUCCUGCAGACAAGUUGGACGGACUCACCGUGUCGGCCGAGGGCUUGGGACAAGACGUGGGCGUAAGUGCCACCGUCUGGGGCCUAAAAAGUGCCUGGGCUGAGGAGGCGGAUGCCAGUGGCAUCGUGUUGGGGAACGUCACGAGCACGACGUGAAUGGCUUUGCUUCUUCGAUCCUCCGAAUAAAAACUGAGGGCG